GUAUGGCAUUUGUGUCCCGGCUGAUUUGUGUUUUUCUUUUAAUACAAUCUUUUAAGGAAACUAAGAUUACAAAGGGUUUUUAUUUUUUGAAAGUUGCCUGUUAACCUAACUUUAAUAAGUGAUCAAAUCAACGGUUUUGUUGUUAAACGAAAAUCAUGGGAGAAGAACAAUAUUCUUUGUGUUGGGACAACUUCCAUAAAAAUAUGAGUAAUGGGAUGCAAGCGUUAUUAGAGAAUGAAGACUUAGUGGAUGUAACUUUAGCGGUUGAAGGAAAAUAUAUAAAAGCCCACAAAAUCGUUCUCUCAAUAUGCAGCCCCUAUUUCAAAGAAUUAUUUCAAUCAAAUCCCUGCAAACACCCCAUAGUUUUCAUGAAAGACGUGAGUUACAUCGCAAUGAACGACCUCCUUACGUUUAUGUAUCAAGGGGAAGUACAAGUAAAUGAAGAACACAUAAAUGUAUUUGUUAAAACAGCGGAAGCUUUACAAGUCCAGGGAAUAACGGGGGAAUGUAAUGAUGACACUGAAUUGGGGGAUGAUAAUUAUCAGAAUGAAGAAGUGUUGGUUAAACCGGUUAUAAUUCAAAAUAAACCUUCAAUACUUAAAAAAUUGUUGCAACCUUCAUUGAAAAGGCGUAGAUUAAAUAGUUGUGAAAAAGAUGUUGAAAUUCCUACAACAGAAGAGAUUAUUGAGUUUAAAAUGGAACCUUACGAUGAAACACAAACUGAGCAACAUUUAAAUGAAACUUAUGAACAUUUAGAUGAUGAUGUAACUAAUGAGGAUUAUCACGAGGUUGGUGUUGAAGAUCAAUUAGAUGAAACAGAAAAUAUUGAUGAUGCAGAAGAUUAUGCUAUGUUAGAAAGUGGAGAGGAACCCAAGCCUGGAACCAGUAAUGAAGUUGCUGUAUCGGAUGGACAAGAUAACCAUAAACCAUCAAAAAAGGUGAAUCGAUCCAAUUCAACAACGAAGAAAUCAAUCAGAAAUAAAUACGUCGUAGAUGGUUUCGUAUAUCACACAAAUUUAAUUUCGGGACAUCCACCUUUACGAUAUUUGGGAUGUGCCGAAACGAAGAGAUUGGGGUGUAGAGCUCGAGCAAUUAUGCCGUUAAACGAGAAAAUGGGCCAAAUAAAAUUGAAACAAGGACACAAUCAUCCGAGAGAUAUAAACGCGGAAGAAAAAGUACAAUUUUUGAAAGAAUUAAAACGCGUUGUGGUUCACAUGGGGAAAUCGACGUUAAGACACGUUUACGAUACAGUUUCGAAAAUUUAUCCGAAUGCUGCAGAAGAAAUUCCUUUUAAGUCAGUUUGUUCGUCGUUACAUCGAUGGAGGAGAUCAAGACGAGGAAAUUAUAUCUACGAUGAUUUAGAUUAAUUGUUUAAGAUCGUUUUAAUAAAAAUUGAGUUUUUUUAAUCUA